AUGAUACAUAUAAAUUGUGUAUGGAUAGGAGGUGACAAGCGUGUUAGUACAUUUUGUACUAAGAGGUUUUCCGAAAAUGAUAUAUGGCUUGCUAGAGAAAUAAAAAAGAAAAGAAAGAAGUUUUAUUUUGUUCGAUCAAAGUUUGAAGAUGAUGUAGAAAAUGAGAUAAAAAAGAAGAAAAACAAAGGAAAACCAAAGAAAGAUUUAGAGAGCAUAUUAAAACAAAAAGUUUAUGAGGAUUGCAAAAAGAAUCUUGAAGAAUUUGAAUGUGAAGAUAACAUAUUUGUAAUUGACAGUUAUGAAAAAGGUUCAUACGAUUUUGAAAGAUUUGAGACGCAUCUCAUUCACGAUGCUUUAAAUAUAAGUGACGGAAAGCAUUUGGCGAUCACAUCUUGUUUGACAGUUAUGACCAUAUCGACAAUCAAUGAAAUGAAAAAUGUUUUGGAAAAAAGAAUUCCAAAAAUUGCUUUAAGUGCAGCAUUUGCACUUCGAAUUAAAGAUACAGAUGUAACGAUUCUGAAGGAAGAAAUGGAAUUCUACAAACAACAGUUCAAUCUGGAUGAAAUAUCCCUUCGAAGAGAUGCCGAGGUUUCAAACAUUACGGAACGUUUGUCGGAAAUAGAAGAAAGUAUGAAGCAUAUUGAAAAAGAAUCCAAUGAAAUGGAAGAAUUGAAUGAAAUUGACAACCUCAUACCUUUUUUACCGUUAAUAAAUAUCAGGAAAACGUACAAGGCAAGUAAAAUAUGGUUACAAAAGGCGCUGGAGAGAAUAACUGAAAAGGCAGUUGAUGUCAAUUUAACUAUGAUGGAAGGAUUGGCACACGAUUGA